UUGACAUGCCCGGAUUGUUAAGCUAUGAUUUAUUUUGCUUUGUGUUGAACCACAUUUGAGAGAUGUGUGGUUGUCCGACAGGCCAAACGGGAGGCCAUCGGCGCUGUUCGUGGCCGUGGACGCUCUUACUGUGCGCCGUCUGCCGUGCGUGCGUUGUCGCCGGCGGGAGGCUUCCGUGCCGGACCAGCUGGCCUCAGCCCGACGCCGACGCGGCCCGACGCACGUCGAGGCUGGCCUGAAUCAGCCCAACUCCCAGCACUUUCCACUCUCUAGUCUACUCUAAUCUAGAAUGAAAAAUAAAAAAGAGGACAAAGGGGAUGAGCCCCUUUCGGAAAGCAAGAGUCGAUUCGGCACUCGGGCAUCCCUGCCGUGCCUUCACCCAGCAGCAAAGCAACCAAGGUAAACCAGAGCACCACCGCCCGCCCGCAGCCGCAGCCAGAACCCCCCGCCCCCAAAAUUACCACCUUGGAAUCCAGCAACCAAGCAGCCGAGCCCCGUCUAUGGCGGAUCAGGAGGCCGCCGAGCCGGGCCCGCCGUCGUGGCCCCCCUGGACCUCCCUCCUGCUCCGAGCCAUGAGCAGGCGCCGCACCUGGGCGGCGCUCUUCCUCGCCGUCUACGCCGCGCUGCUCUCCUCCUCCUGGAGCCUGCUGGCGUCCGUGCGCGCCUGGUACUACGCCGCGGCCGCGGGCUCGGCGGCGCACCCGGCCGCGUGGCCCGCCGCGCUCUACGCAUCCGUCAUGUACGGCGCCGUCUUCGGCCUGCUCUCCAUGGGCGCCGCGCUGGCCGUCGCCGCGCCCGCCAUGCUGGUGACCUGGAUCACCGUGCUCGUGCUGCUGGCGUUCGCGGGCAAGCCCCGGCGGUCGCUGGUCGCCGAGGCGCGCCGCGCCACGGCCGACAUCGCGCGGCUCGCGCUCCGCGUGCUGCUCUGCGAGGGCAACGCCGUCGCCGCCGUCUGCGCCGCCGCCAGCUUUGCCGCCCUCCUCUUCGGCCGCCGCGACGACGCCGGCGCCGACGCCGGGCGGCGGCUGAUCUGAAAGCUUUUUCCAGUUCUUUUCACGCCCUUUUAUUUGUUUAUUUUCUGUUCAUUGUAGCUGUGCUGUCCGGAUGCAGCCGUUGUGUACCAGCAGUUUGGGGGUUUCAUUCUUGGCAAUGGAGGUUCUUGUUUCUGUAA